AUGGAUGUUAAACCGGUUCGGUCUAUAUCUAAUAAAGAAAAACAAACACCACGACAUAAACGUCAAAAGACAUACUUUACGUCGAGCGAAAAGAACAUGAUCAUAAAUGUAUACGAACACGUAAAGGAAACAUGGCCUGCCGACGAGUACCCGUACAAGACGAAACUAAAUGAGAAGACGGCGGCCGUGUGCGGCAUCGGCAUCGCUUCUGUAUAUAGAAUACUAAAAGAAUACGCGACCAACGAACGAGUCAAGUCACCAGUGUUAACCAAGAAGAGACCGACGUUCUCCGAAAAGAUUGACGCCAAUGAUAAAAGCUCUAUAAGGAAAAUAGUUCACGGUUACUACAUGAGGGGCGAGCUGCCUACAUUCAAAAAGAUACUACAAGCGGUCAACGACGAUGAGGAACUACCGAAUUUUAAAAAGUCAACGUUUCAUAGAAUACUGAGGCAUUUGAAGUUUAGGAACGUAAGACUCAAAGGAACAAACGCUUUAGUCGAAAAUAAUGACAUUGUAUUGUGGAGGAUAAAUUAUUUGAAAACAAUUAAAAUGUACAGAAAUGAAAACCGAAAAAUAUUCUAUAUUAAUGAAGCUGUUUUAAAUAUAGGGAACUCUGAUCCAAAGUGUUACAUGGAUACUUCAACAAACACCUCACUAAUAUCUAAAGAAGGAACCAGUACCAAGAAUACCACUUCAAGGAGUAAAAGUUUAGUUAUUUUACACAUUGGCAGUGAGACGGGGUUCCUAAAAGGUGCAGAACAUAUAAUAGAAUUAAAAACCCAAGGAGAUCCUCAUGAAUCAAUAGAUGCCAAUAACUUUGAGCAUUGGUUUGAACAGAAUGUAGCAAAACUCGGAGAGAACUCAGUUGUCGUCAUGAACGCUGCCCCUUAUAACACAAGACGAGCUGAAAAGACUCCAAGUAUAGCGUGGACCAAGGGAGAUAUACAAGAGUGGCUCCUACAUAAAGAAAUUCAUUUUGAUCAAUCAGAAGUCAAAGUAGAACUAUUGAAGAGAGUUCAUGAUGUUAAAAGAGACUUUCAAGCAUAUGCCAUAGACGAGCUCGCCAAGAAAUACAAAGUGGACAUCAUGAGACUGCCGCCUUAUCACCGUGAACUAAACCCGGGCCAACUGGUGUGGUCGGAUGUGAAGGAUCACUUGGAGAUCACCGACACCAGUUUCACAUUUGAACAAAUAAAAUCCUUGCUCCAGACCAGCAUCAGAAAUGUGUCUUCUGAUAAAUGGCAAAGCUGCAUCACACAUGUGAUCCAAGUAGAAGACUUCUUCUAUAGAAAAUUAGAUGUUCUGAUCGACAAUACAAUGGACACCUUCGGAGUUAAUAUCAGUGACACAGCUUCAGACACGGAAUCCUGUUCCUCCAGCACAGACGAGAGUCUCUUGAAAUAUAUGGAAUAA